CAAGCGCCCGCGGUCGUCCUCCGCACGCGCUGCCUACCACCCGCCUCCUCCUCAUGCUUCGUAAAGUGCGCUGCACGCAUCCUUCGACCGUCCGCGUCGCCGCCAUCACCCGUCAAGCGUCCAGCUCCACCCCAGCCGCGCUACGCCCACCCCCGAGUCUCAGGCAUAGCGCACCGCCAUGCCCGCGCAGUGCGGUCACAUAGCUGCGUCGACAACACACGGCGAGCAACGCACGAGACGGCAUACGUACUUCUGUACGACGGUACCCACGCCCGUACCCUCUUGCGGACAUCUCGCAGCCGCCGCCGACAGCGAUGCCGUCCAAUCAUACGCGAACAGUAUUGGGCAACUCACAUGCCAGUCCUGUGUCGGCCGAGUUGCUCGCACGUAUCGUGAAGACGGACUUCGGCAAGACGACCUCCCGCGGUCUCCUGCCCGCCUGCAGCCAUUUCGCAGCAAUGGCAGCAGAGACGCUUCUUCCUGCGACGUGCAUGCGACGCGUCCCAAUACAUCGCAAGUCCCUCUGUGCGAACCUACGUACGUACGCCUACACUUCUCCCAAGAACCUCGUACUCACUACUCUAGAUCUACAGCACUCGGACGACUGCCCGCGCGUCGAUCGCUCGUGCGGCGCCGCGUCUCCUCCCGCUCCCCACCGUUCGCAGCCACCGACGAAGCUCACCAGCCGCGAGUCCUCCUGACCCCCGUGUCGUACGGACGGCUACGGCCGCUCUACAUGUCCCCCGUCGUUAGCAAAGUCAAGAACCGCCUGAACCUCAAGAAAACGUACCUUCGCCCGGCAGCGCGAAUACCGACGACCUCGACACCGUACACGACGACCCGCACACUCAGCCCGUCGCCAAGGCGCGCUCACUCGGCGAGCGCAUCUGCUCUGCUACCACAAUGAGGUCAGUACUCGCCCGUUCGACUCAGUCGGAAACGCAAC